CUCAGAGUGGCUGGCCGCUCCACUGCUCCGUCAAGAACAUCUCCAUUUCUGAAAUAUGAGGAUCCAUGGAGUCCAGCUGCUGAAAUCAUCAGACCUUGGCCGCCAUAGUCUACUUUAUCUAAAGGAGAUUGGACAUGGCUGGUUUGGCAAGGUUUUGCUGGGCGAGGUUAAUGCAGGCCUUAGCACCACCCAGGUGGUGGUGAAGGAGCUGAAGGCCAGUGCUAGUGUCCAGGACCAGAUGCAGUUCCUGGAGGAGGUCCAGCCAUAUCGAACCCUUCAGCACCCUGCUCUCCUGCAGUGUCUGGCACAGUGCUCAGAGGUUACUCCUUAUCUGCUGGUCAUGGAGUUUUGCCCUCUGGGUGAUCUGAAGAGCUACCUCCGCAGUUGCCGCGUGGCUGACUCUGAGACUCCUGACCCUUUGAUCCUCCAGCGAAUGGCAUGUGACAUUGCCUCAGGGCUUCUACACCUCCACAAAUACAACUUUAUACAUAGUGACCUGGCCUUGCGAAACUGCCUUCUAACUUCAGAUAUGUCAGUGAAGAUUGGGGACUAUGGCCUUUCUCACAGCCGAUACAAGGAGGACUAUUAUGUAACACAAGACCAGAUUUGGGUGCCCCUGCGCUGGAUCGCACCUGAGCUCAUAGAUGAGGUCCACGGAAACUUGCUGGUUGUUGACCAAACCAAGUCCAGCAACAUAUGGUCACUGGGGGUGACUGUGUGGGAACUGUUUGAGCUGGGAAACCAGCCAUACAGACACUACUCUGACCGACAGGUACUGACAUAUGCUGUGAAGGAACAGCAGCUUAAACUACCCAAACCCCAGCUCCAUUUCCCCCUGGCUGAGCGCUGGUAUGAAGUUAUGCAGUUCUGUUGGCUGCAGCCAGAGCUGAGACCCAGCAGUGAGGAAGUACACCUUCUGGUGACAUACUUGUGUGCGAAAGGCUCAAGUGAGGCUGAGGAGGACUUUGAACAACGUUGGAAUGCCUUGAGACCCAACUUGCUUUGCAGCACCUCCCACACAGCUACAUCCACAACCCUGGUUCUGACCCCAACACCUGCCUUAGCUGAGGACCCUGGCAUAGAUCAAACUCAGGCAGUGGAGCUGGCCUCCUCUGCCUCAUCCUCCUUUCCCCUUCUGGAGCACUUCUCUGACAGUUUCCACUCUGACACAGGAGACGACCUACUGACUGUCACAGAGACCAGCCAUGGUCUCAAUUUUGAGUACAAGUGGGAGCAGGCCCGAGCUGAGCAGCCCUACUGCUCUUCCUCCACCAGUGGACCACUGGGCCAGGGGAACCCACAUUACCAGGAUAUCUACUAUUCAAGUAAAGGAUGCAGCUCAGGGGGUUGCAAGAGUAACAGCCUGACCUCAGGCAUUUCCCCAUCCUAUUAUGAACCCGAGCACCCAGGUGUGGUGCCUGUGUUGAGUGCCCACAGCCCCUCAGUGAGCAGCGAGUACUAUAUUCGCAUAGAGGAGCCAGUAGAGUGUAACAUUAACCUGGAUGAUAACGAGGAGGACUACAGCCCAGGACUGGAAGCCAGCAACAGCAGGUUGUCCUCUGAAAGCCGGACUGGUUCAUCCAUGGCACAGCCUAGUGCUUAUUGGUCAACUGCUGACAACACCAAAUCUACUGCCUAUGACUCCGAUUCAAGCCCCACUGUCCAAUUAACCAUGGAGCCACUACUGAGACAGGCAUCUGACACCAGCCCUAUAAAGCUAGGCUCCCACAACUGCUUCCCAUCCUACCAGAACGACGUUGUCUACUGUGAACAAUCCACAUACAAAACAGGCCACCAAUCAUGUCUGUCUGAACUGCAUAUGUCACCAGAGCCACAAUCAAACAUUGUCCAUCCGAUGGGGGGUUUAGAAAACCCACGCAGUUUGUUGCAAGCAGUCAGCAGCCCCAGCUUAGGGUUCUGUGAUCCAUACCUUGAAGCGAGCACAGGUCAUAGCACGGUUAAUGAAAGCUGCCAUAAAAUGAUGGGUCCCCUCAGAAAGACACUACCAAUUGUUAAUCACAUUAGCAUCGAUGUAGGGACAGACGAUGGCCUGCUGGUGGGCCAGCGGAGGGAUGGAGACACAGAGGAUGACUUUUUCUGUGAGGGAGAGACCACUAACUGGACCUCAAACCAUUCAGCAAACAAUAAUAGCCUGAGCUUUGAUGGCAGACAGACAGGCAGUGGGCAUGAAAGUUAUCUGGACCUUCAAUAUGCUGCUCACUCUAACACAACAGAAUUAUGGUCUUUGACUAAGGCUACCACUAGAACCUUCCACAGCUCCAGGUCUUGUGGCACCUUGGAGGUAGAAGGAGGUAAAGCUGUUAGUAAUCCCAGUGAAUUAGGGUCUUACAUUCACUUGUGUCAUAAAGAAAGAGAGGCCACUCCAAUGGAAAAUAACUCACCUGUAGAUAAUCUAAGAAGCAUUGAUUCUCUUACCAGCUCAAGUAUAAAUAAUAGGGGUACAGCGUGUGACAAAAUGGAGGUAAAAUAUGAAAAACAAUCAUUGCUAAAUGGAGAGCGACUGUACUCUGAGCCUAAGAUGAUACCCGAGGCAAGCUUUGUAAAGUCCCCUCCCGCUUUCAAGGAGCCUCAGACUGGUCAAACUGGAGUCUUGAUAGACAAGCAGAGGGGUAAUAUCUGGGAGGGAGUUUCAACAGCAGUCUCUAUUGGUCUAAGAGACAAGAGGCUAACCUAUCCAGAGACAUCAGAGACUAGUAGAGUGUUAGACAGCGGGGUGGGAGUCAGAAACUCCACCAUUAGCCUGGUUGAUCUUGGGGACUACAGUGAGGAUGAUGAUGAUGACAUUACAGAUAUUACAUCAGGGAUCUUUGCCGACUUCAACUUGGACUAUGUUGAGGUAGAGGAGGAAGAGCUAAGCCCACUGAAGAAUCCAGAGGGAACACCUGACUCUGUAGACACUCUUAACCUGUCUUCAUCAAUGGCAAGCCCUUGUGACCAGGCCUUUAGCCCAGAUCCUUUCAAUACCCCUCUCUUGCCCAAAUCACUGGACAGUGGAUAUGACACAGAGAACAAUGAAUCCCCAGAGUUUAUCUUCAAAGAGCUUGGAGAUCCCAGAGGAGGUGACAGGAGCCCUAGGCUGGAUGGAGAAACUGAACUUGUUGUGAAAGUGGGUUUGGAUCAAGGUGUCUGCAGUUCCACCAGCACCUCAGAGCUACAGUUAAAGGGCCUGCCUGAUAAGAACCCAUACAGGGAUUCAGCCUAUUUCUCUGACUAUGAUGCUGAAAAUGAGAGAAGCCCUCGAGAGGAAGGCAGUAAGUUCUUUACAGGUCCAAAUAGCCGUGACUUGCAGGCUCAGAAAUUGAGCUCUACCAGAGAUGAUGAUCAUAUCAAAAGGAAAUUCAGAAAUGAAGAACAUAUUACGAAUCUGAGACACAUGAAGAGUUGCGUUUUGGCAAAUCUCUCAGAGGCUGACCCUAAUUUGAGCCAUCCCCUUUCCACUCCUGGUUUGUCCAUGCUGUCACCAUAUCCUCCACAGAUGGGUGGCUGCCUGACCAAAGAGUCUACCCCUGCAGAUGAUGAUUUUGGAUUGGAGACAGAGCAUUCAGGAGAGGAGCCCUCAUCAGAGCUUAGUUCCUCCAUUGUGUCUGAACCUUCUUCUACUGUCCAGGAGGCCUCAGCAAACCAUGAGGAAGGGAACAGGAGAGCAGAAGAUUGCUCCCCUGUCCAGUAUUUGUGUUCUGACUCCACCAUAACUGACUACAGAGAUGAGGCCCCCAAUGAGAAUGAAAACAGUGAUGGAUCCACAGAGGAGGAGGAGCUGCCUGAAUUCAAUCAUGAUGAAGAAGAAACAGAGGACAGAAGGGAGGGUGUGGGAAUAAAUGAGUAUGAUUUUGAGGACAUAGACGCAGGGGAAUGUGACUCACAGGACAGUUUAUGUGAAGAAUCCAACGGCCCUGCUGACCUGUCCACUUCCUCAUCAUUGUUGGAGCUGUGUGGAGAGAACGUCAGAGCACCACUAGAGGAGGCAGAGGAUGAAGAUGACUCUGAUGACAGUGAAUCUGAUGAAGAGUUGAGGACCUACAACGUCCAGGAUGAGGACAGUGAGGAAAGUGAGGAGGAUUUCACCACAGUGCCAGUGGUGGUGAGUGACUGCAGCAAGGCUAGACACCUCCGCAGUCUCCUGAAGAUGCCCACCCUGCUCACCCAGUCCUUCUGUGACGAGUUGGAGAGAAAGAAAAAGGCAGUGUCUUUUUUUGAUGAUGUCACUGUGUUCCUUUUUGACCAGGAGAGCCCCACAGGAGAGCUGGCUGACUACACCUUCUCCACAGGGGCAGAGUCCAGUGAGCAGGAAUCCUCAGAGGAAGUAACCUGUGACCACCAGCUGCAACCUGACCCUGAAUCUGAAUCCCAAUCCUGUGAGACAUACUGUGUUUCUCAAGAAACAGACAGGAACAACUCAGAAGAGGGUGGGGGUUAUGAGUGGGAAAAUGACCUUCCAUUUGAGCCCUGCCCGUCUUCACCUGACACCGUCCCUGAGCCCGACUCCUCACCCACAUCUAAACCCGAGAGUCCCGAGCCCCCAAAACCUGCAGCUGUAGCACUUAACCGUUUUAUUGUCUCACGAUUCUCCAUCACACACGUCUCUGACCCCCACAUGGGCACAGCAACAGGGAACAGUGAAGAUAGUCCAAAAGAUUGAGUGUCUCAUGGCCCUGACUGGAGGAGGACGAGUCCUUGUUUCUUCUCAACACAGAAAAGCAGCAUUAUUAUAUCUAGAUGUUAUACAGAGUUUUAUUUUUAUCAACGUUUAGGGCAUCUGACCCUGGUGACCCUUUAUGAGACAGUGCCUCAUAUUGUAGUGAAACACCCUUGAUGAUUUGCACACUGUUUUUUUUUGUUUUUUACGAAGAAAAAGUGAUAGCUGCUAAUGUGGCAAUGUGAUUGAGACAAC